AGAUUAAGUUGAUACAAAAUUGGGUACUUUGUUUUCAUCUUUUAUGUAAAUUAAGUUAUGACAAUUUCUUAUAAAGAAAAAUGAAGUUGUUUUGAUUAAUACAAAAUUUGAGGGCACUCCUGGUGGCUCAGUGGUAAAGAAUCCACCUGCCAUUACAGGAGAAACAGGUUUGAUCCCUGGUCUGGGAAGAUUCUAUAUGCCUCGGAGCAACUAACCCUAACCCGGGGGCCUCAACUAUGUAAGCCUGUGCACUAGAGCCUGUCAGCCACAGCUACUGAGGCCCACAUCCUAGGGCCCGUGCUCCCCAGCAAGAGAAGCCACUGCAAUGAAAAACCAGAGCGUUGCAACUGGAGGAAAGCCUGUGUAGCAACGAACACCCAAUGCAGGCAAAAAUAAUUUUUUAAAUGCAGUUAAAAAUAACUUUAGAAUCCUGUUUCUGUAUUUUUGUGUCUUUGGGGGAGAUUCUCCUGGAUUUGUAUAUGCAAGUAGUGACAACUUUAUAACAGUUGACCUUGCAAUUUAAGAUACUUAAAAAUAGGUCCAGAAGCUUGAUUAUUAUAUAAAUAGAAUGACAGGAAGACUCAUGACAUCAUGAUGAGACAUGGGACUUUUUGCAUAAGCCAUGAACAUGAGAUGAGAGACCCCAACCUUGGGAGUGAGCCCACAGUGCAGUGCUACAGCCUUUCCAGACAGAUUUAUGAGCACAAAAAGGAGUUUCCUUUUCCUUCAGCCAACAUGUGAAAGGUAUGAAUCAGUUAUGAACCCCCUGAAACAUGCUUAGGGUUUUCUGGGCCAGCCUGAAGGCCACUUGUUUCCUCCUGGAAGGCAGAGUGGCCUGGGCCCCUGUGCUCAGUUAAGGAAGCCAGGUGCUCCAGUUUGGAAUUGUAUUAGGGACACAGCACAGCCCCCAUCCUCCUGUCUGUACCUGGAAGUAGGCCUGGAGCAGAGGGAGCAAAGCAGUGCAACGAUCCUUGCUGGUGGACUAAGUGUAGGAGAUGAGAUGCUGAUGAGAGCCCCGUAUCAUUGAGAAGAGAUUUGGAAAGGUUGCUGAAGGAGGAUUUAGGAUGGGACAUAGAAGGAUGGAAGAGGGAUCAGGGUUGGGAUGGGAAGGAAAGCCUGUGAGAAAGGGGACUCACCUGUGGCCCCAGACUUUCACUUGACUGAAGGGAGAGGAAAGCAGUUUAGAGCUGAGGAUUCGGCACUCUAGAUGAGGGGUUAAAGUCUACAUUGGACUUCAAAGAACUGAAGUCUACCAAGGAAAGGAAUACUAAAUCUUGACUUUAGGAACUUGAGUCUUGCCAAAAAGAUACCAAAACUAAAAAAUUAAUCUCCACAUGCCCUAACUCAGAACUAGCCCCAAGCAAGUAGUCUUGAAGGAGGAGACAGAAAAGGCUCUAUUUUGAAAGCAGGACUCCAUCUUGGGCCAGACUGGACUUUGAGCUAUAUGUCCAGUAUCUAUGGAAACGACAUACCAACAGGAAAACCAGACCCAUGGAUGGAAGAGCCCCAGGGCUCAUACCUAGACUCUCCAUGGCCUGAAAGAAUACCCUGAUUAUCUGUGUAGCCCAAUAGUCAUAAAUUUUAUUAUGCUUAUUGGGGUAUGACCACAGGCCUGUUGAUAAUUGUCCCCUGUUAACCACAGUAGACUUAAGGCAUAUGAAUCACGGGUUAACUUUGUAUCUUUCUUUUCCUUUGUUCAGACUAGUUUCAUGGAAUUUGGGGAGGUGGGUUUGGGCAGAUACACUUAGGGUAUUGUAGCCACACAUUCUGGGAAACAAACUCACUCGGACAAUGCAGAUAGUGGAGGGCAGUUUAUUACACCAGCAGGCCCAAGGCAGUCUCCUCUUAGCCAAGAACCCUGACCGGUUUUUGUGAAAACCUUACAUACCCUAAGUGUACAGUGUCCAAACCCACUUCCCCAAAUUCCCUGAAACUAGUCUGAACAAAGGAAAAGAAAGCUACAAAGUUAACCCGUGAUUCAUAUGCCUUAAGCCUAGGUAGUUAACAGUGGACAAUUAGCAAUAGGUCUGUGGUCAUAUCCCAAUAAGCAUAAUAAAAUUUAUUAUUCCAUUGGGUUACACAAAUAAUCAGGGUAUUCUUUUCAGGCGACGGAGAGUCUAGGUAUGAGCCCUGGGGCUCUUCCAUCCAGGGGGUCUGGUUUUCCAGUUGGUAUGUCGUUUCCAUUGAUACUGGGCAUACAGCUCAAACUCCACAGUACGGCCCAAGACGGAGUCCUGCUUUCAAGAUGAAGCCUGUUCUGUUUCCUCCUUCACGGGUAUAUAAGGUUUUCACAAAAACUGAUCGGGGUCCUUGGCUAAGAGGAGACUGCCUUGGGCCCGCCGGUGUAAUAAACUGCACUCCACUGUCUGCGUUGUCCUUCUGAGUGAGUUUGUUUCCCAGGGUGCAUGGCUACAACAGUCUGUUGUACCUUGGCUGACCGGCCUGAGGCCAGUGCUGUCCAUGGGAACAUCUUUUGUGUGGCUUAUAACCUGCUUCUAUUUUUCAAAGACCACUGGGUGAGGGGAACGAGAUCUGUUUGGUAGAUGAGGAAGCUGCCUAGGGUCAUGGCCAGGAAGACGUCCUGCGUCCACGCUGUCGAGUCCUGUCAGGCUCCGAGGGCCGGGUCCCUGAGGCUGGCGGCGCAUACAGGACUCCCGCCGCGACCAGUCUCCGCCUCGCCAUCCCUUCUUGCAGAAAGCUGCGUCCCCUCGGGGACCUGACGACCCGCCACUUUCGCAAUGUCCAAUGAGACUUAGCCGGGGGCGGGACGGACUUCACCGAAGGCCAAUCUAAUUGGUUCGGGGCGGGGCUGCGGCGGGUGGGAGCUGAGCGGUGGACAUCGGUCUUCCCAGCCUGGAGAGACCCCCCGCGCGGGCUCCGCGCAGAGGGUGCGCGCGCCCGCCGCCCGCGCAGCCCCUCUGUCCGCUCGGCGCGUCCCUCUCCUGCUCUCCGGUAGCCGCCGGGAGAGGGGCUCGGGAGUCCGGCCCCAGCCAGGGCUGGGACCGGGGCGGCAGCCGCGGGACGAGCGCCUGAGGUGCCGCCGAGAGGCCAUGGAGCUGUGUGGCAAGAAGAAGCUUCACGCCCUGUCCCUGGCCGAGAAGAUCCAGGUGCUGGAACUCCUGGAUGAGUCCAAGAUGUCCCAGUCGGAGGUGGCCCGGCGCUUCCAGGUCUCCCAGCCUCAGAUCUCCCGCAUCUGCAAGAAUAAAGAGAAGCUGCUGGCGGACUGGUGCAGCGGCACGGCCAACCGGGAGCGCAAGCGCAAGCGAGAGUCCAAGUACAGCGGCAUCGACGAGGCUCUGCUCUGCUGGUACCACAUUGCCCGGGCCAAGGCCUGGGACGUGACAGGGCCCAUGCUGCUCCACAAAGCCAAGGAGCUGGCCGACAUCCUGGGCCAGGACUUUGUGCCCAGCAUCGGCUGGCUGGUCCGCUGGAAACGCCGAAACAACGUGGGCUUCGGGGCCCGCCACAUACUGGCGCCUCCGUUCCCCCCUGAGCCGCCUCCCCCAGCUCCCACUCCCCAGGCCCAGCUGCCUCUUUCUCUUAAAGAUUUCUCCCCAGAGGACAUUUUUGGCUGUGUUGAAGUGCCCUUGCUGUAUCGGGCAGUGCCCGGCAGAGCGGGUACAUGUGAUCGGGUGCAGGUGCUGCUCUGUGCCAACAGCAGGGGCACAGAGAAACGGCGGCUGUUGGUCUGUGGGCCCCAGGCUGCCCCACGAUGCUUCUUUGGGGUCAGCAGUGAGGCCCUGCCUGCCUCCUACCACCCUGACCUGGCCAUCCCGUGGUCGGAGUGGUUGUCACAAUUCGAUCAGGACAUGGGGCGGCAGGGCCGGCAGGUGGCCUUGCUGAUGGCUGCCCAAGUGGUGGAGGAGGUGGCAGGCCUGCCUGGGCUCUGCCACGUGAGGCUCUUGCCUCUGUCUGCUGCGAGCCCCACACAACCCCUGCCCAGCUCCGUGGUCCGGGCGUUUAAGGCCCAUUACCGGCGGCGUCUGUUGAGCAAGUUGGCUGCCGCCCAGAGUGAGAGGGCUGGCACGUUGCUGGCUGAGGUCGGGGCGGGCAUCACAGUUCUGGACGCUCUGCACAUGGCAGCAGCGGCCUGGGCCAGGGUGCCUCUCCAGCUUGUUGUGAGCGGCUUCAUUCAGGAAGGGCUGGCUCCCGGCAGAACGCCGGUGGCCCAGGACCAAGCCUCAGAGGUGCUGCAGGUCCCCGGUGGGCUGAGCCUCGAGGAAUUUUCCCGCUUUGUGGAUCUGGAGAGUGAGGAGCCUGUGUCUGGAGCGUGCAAAGAGGAGGUAGGCCCUGCAGACGAGGCGGGGGGCGGAGAGGACGGCUUCGAGCCCCUGCCCACCAAGGCUGAUGCCCUCCGGGCUCUGGGCACCUUGAGGAGGUGGUUGGAGUGCAGUGGCACCACCCCGGAGCUAUUUGAAAAUUUCUAUGCCUGUGAAGAGGGGGUGGAGCGACUCUGCUGCCUGUGAAGGGCUCUUCCUGCCAGAGCCCCCUCCUCUCCUGUUUCCCAUGGAAACGCCCUCUCUCAGAAGGCAGGUUGGGGGCUGGUCUCUUUCCCGUGGAAAUGGAGCUUUUGUGAAAGGUGUUGAAGGGAGACAGGUUGGGAGACCAAGUCUAGGCUCUGAACAAAAGUUGUCCAACCCCUAGAGAAGAGAGUCUAAACACAGGGCGGUGGGGCAGUGAAGCUCAGCUGCGUAGUUUCGGAACCUCUGUGGAGGCUGGGACUUAGGAAGGCAGAAUAGGAAUUUACAGACAGACCGACCCCUUGAACUCCGUGUUCAAAACAGUUCUGCUUCUGGAAAUAAAGCUUUUAAUCAGAAAAGCGGCCAAGGUUCUAUCUUUAUGUGUGUAUGUGUGCUCAGUCAUGUCCAACUUUUUGCGACCCCAUGGACUGUAGCUCACCAGGCUCCUUUGUCCAUAGAAUUUUCCAGGCAAGAAUACUGGAGUAGGUUGCCAUUUUCUCCCCAAGGGGAUCUUACCAACCCAGGGAUUCAACCGGUGUCUCUUGCAUCUCCUGCAUUGGCAGGCAGAUUCUUCACCACUGCGCCACCUGGGAAGCCCAUUAUUUUCAUGAGAGGAGGGUAUAGAAACUUUCAACUCAGGUUUUUUUGUUUUUGUUUUAUGCAGGCCACUUUUAAAGUCUUUAUUAAAUUUGUUACAAUAUU